CUUAUUCAUUUUCCGGAGGACGAAGACCGCACACAUGAAUAGGUGGAAGAUGUUGGCGGGAAGCACGGUCAUUUUCCUUCCGGCGUUUCUCUACUGCAUCAGCAGGUCCUCCUUCUCGUUCCCUCACAUCACAAGUGGAAUCGAUAGACUGGGUCGUGUCGCUUUUAAAUCAUCUAAGCUCCAGACUGUGAUUGGACCUAAACCACAAGACGACUUGGUGUGGUGGGAAGCCGAGGACUGUCAAUGCAAGACAGAAGAAUGCCGUGAGCUCUCGGUGACCUUCAAAAGCUCGGUAAAAGAAGAAUUAAGUGGAACGUGUGGCCGACGACCAUGGAAUGCUGGCUCUAAGAUGCUGAGCUUCUCGUUUUAUGGCACAAAUCCAGAUUACUGGAGAGGAUUGGAACACAUACUCUUGGAGGUAAAGAAACUUUAUCCUGGUUGGAACGUGCGCCUGUACACGAAUCCACGAAACCGAGCAGCGAUUCUGUGUCCUUUGCUGCAUCGCUACAGCUCUUUGCUGUACAUCUGUGAUAUUACUAGCCUCCCACACCCUCUCGGUAACCUCUCCAAUGUGCACCCAAUGAUGUGGCGAGUGGUGCCCCUUGGAGACUCUGAAGUGGCCGCCAUGUUGAUUCGCGACACCGACUCUCAGGUGAGCCAGCGGGAGUUGGCAGCGGUGGAAGAGUGGCUGGCAUCGGGAAAGAUGUUCCACGUGAUGAGGGACCAUCCUCAACACGGCACGCCCGUGCUAGGUGGAUUGUGGGACGCCCGCUGGGACACCAAUCCUGCAUUUGCUACCGAGUUAAGACACCUCAGGAACAAGAUGCUAUCCAUGGCUAUCAACAAGACGAAGUACGGUCUCGAUCAAGAAAUUAUCAAGAAAGUUCUGUGGCCGAAGAUGAUUGGCAGUUUGGUGGCACACGACAGCUAUACUUGCAAAUCAUUUAAGGGAUCUUCUCCAUGGCCCUCGCAGCGAUUGGAAGGAGAUUUCGUUGGAAGACCAAGAUACCGUAAGAAGUAUGAGAAUAUUACCUUACACAAACCCUGUCCGGUGGCAUGCCGUCCCCGUGACCAUCAAGACUGGAUAUACUGCUGAAACCACCUCCCUUCUGCUGUUGCUGUUGCCGCUGCUGCUGCUGGAAGAGGUGCCUCCACUACUGAAGGGAGAACCAAACCAGUGUAUCCUGCGAACUAUCCUGAUCUUACUGUUGCGCUGGGAUAUUUGCAAACGAUCCUAAUCCUAUAGUGCAGGAAGCUGGCUGAAGGAGGAAUGAGAGAUCUGCAAACGAUCUUUAUACUACUGCAGGAAGCUGGCUGAUGUUGGACUGGGAGAUCUGCAAGUGAUCCUGAGAUUAUGCGUGAAGCUAGCAAAUGUUACCCUGGGAUAUCUGCAGACGAUUAUCUUACUGCAGGAGGCUGGUUCGUGUUGCACUGGGCGACUUCUAGGUGCCAUCUGCCUCGCUUCCCCUUCCAGAGGGAGGAGAGACUUGCUUCUCUCUCCUACAUGCUGUCAUUCUUGCCUUUUUGUCCUAUGAAUGUACUUUUGUCUAUGGUUUCAGCCUUAAAGAAUAAAAAUUAUGGACAAAU